CUAGAGUGUCAUCCCUCCCGGCCCCGUGAUUGCUCUGCAACCCACCUCAUCUGUCAACUUCUUAAUUGAGACAGACCUGUGAUUCCUGCCCCCCCUUCCCCCCCCACCAUGGCGAGCCCCACUCUGAGCCCCGACUCCUCAUCUCAGGAGGCCCUGUCGGCCCCGACCUGCUCCCCGACCUCCGAUUCCGAGAACCUCAGCCCUGAUGAGCUGGAGCUGCUGGCCAAGCUUGAAGAGCAGAACCGGCUCCUGGAAGCCGAUUCGAAGUCCAUGCGCUCCAUGAACGGCUCUCGGAGGAACAGCGGCUCCUCACUAGUGUCCAGCUCCUCAGCCUCUUCCAACCUGAGCCACCUGGAGGAGGACACGUGGAUCCUGUGGGGCCGCAUCGCCAACGAGUGGGAGGAAUGGCGGCGCCGGAAGGAGAAGCUGCUCAAGGAGCUCAUCCGCAAGGGCAUACCGCACCACUUCCGGGCCAUUGUGUGGCAGCUUCUGUGUAGUGCCACAGACAUGCCAGUCAAGAACCAGUACUCAGAGCUGCUCAAGAUGUCCUCGCCGUGCGAGAAGCUCAUCCGCAGGGACAUCGCCCGCACCUACCCCGAGCACGAGUUCUUCAAGGGCCAGGACAGCCUGGGCCAGGAAGUACUCUUCAAUGUCAUGAAGGCAUAUUCCCUGGUAGACCGAGAGGUGGGCUACUGCCAGGGUAGUGCCUUCAUUGUGGGCCUGCUCCUCAUGCAGAUGCCCGAGGAGGAAGCCUUCUGUGUGUUCGUACGGCUGAUGCAGGAGUACCGGCUGCGGGAGCUCUUUAAGCCCAGCAUGGCUGAGCUGGGGCUCUGUAUCUACCAGUUUGAAUACAUGCUGCAGGAGCAACUUCCGGACCUGAAUACCCACUUCCGCUCCCAGAGCUUCCACACAUCCAUGUACGCCUCAUCCUGGUUCCUCACGCUCUUCCUCACCACCUUCCCCCUGCCUGUUGCCACCCGUGUCUUCGACAUCUUCAUGUAUGAGGGGCUGGAGAUCGUGUUCCGGGUGGGCCUGGCCCUGCUGCAGGUGAACCAGACCGAGCUGAUGCAGCUGGACAUGGAAGGCAUGUCCCAGUACUUUCAGAGAGUGAUCCCCCACCAGUUUGACAGCUGCCCUGAUAAGCUGGUCCUCAAGGCCUACCAGGUCAAGUACAACCCCAAGAAGAUGAAGAGGCUGGAGAAGGAGUAUGCAGCCAUGAAGAGCAAGGAGAUGGAGGAGCAGAUUGAGAUCAAAAGGCUUCGGACAGAGAACAGACUCCUGAAACAGCGGAUUGAGACCCUGGAGAAGGAGAGUGCUGCUCUGGCUGAUAGGCUAAUCCAGGGGCAGGUGACACGGGCGCAGGAGGCGGAGGAGAACUACGUCAUCAAGCGAGAGCUGGCGGUGGUGCGGCAGCAAUGCAGCUCGGCCGCGGAGGACCUGCAGAAGGCGCAGAGCACCAUUCGGCAGCUGCAGGAGCAGCAGGAGAACCCCCGUCUCACUGAGGACUUUGUGGCUCACUUGGAGACGGAGCUGGAGCAAUCGAGGCUGCGGGAGACAGAGACACUGGGGGCCCUUCGGGAGAUGCAGGACAAAGUUCUGGACAUGGAGAAGAGGAACAGCUCGCUGCCCGACGAGAACAACGUGGCGCGGCUACAGGAGGAACUCAAGGCGCUCAAGGUGCGGGAAGGCGAGGCCGUAGCCUCAGCGCGAGAGCUGAAGCAGCAGCUGCAGGAGCUCUCAGACACCUGGCAGGCCCAUCUGUCCCGCGGCGGCCGCUGGAAGGAGUCCCCGCGGAAGCUGGUCCUGGGCGAGCUGCAGGACGAGCUGAUGAGCGUGCGUCUGCGCGAGGCGCAGGCCCUGGCCGAGGGCCGCGAGCUUCGGCAGCGCGUGGUGGAACUCGAGACGCAGGACAACAUCCACCGCAACCUGCUGAACCGCGUGGAGGCGGAGCGCGCGGCGCUGCAGGAGAAGCUGCAGUACCUGGCGGCGCAGAACAAGGGGCUGCAGACGCAGCUCAGCGAAAGCCGCCGCAAGCAGGCGGAGGCCGAGUGCAAGAGCAAGGAGGAGGUGAUGGCUGUACGGCUCCGAGAGGCGGACAGCAUGGCCGCGGUGGCCGAGAUGCGGCAGCGCAUCGCGGAGCUGGAGAUACAGCGGGAGGAAGGCCGUAUCCAGGGCCAGCUGAACCACUCGGAUUCGUCGCAGUACAUCCGCGAGCUGAAGGACCAGAUCGAAGAGCUGAAGGCGGAGGUGCGGCUGCUGAAGGGCCCGCCGCCCUUCGAGGACCCGCUGGCUUUCGACGGGCUGAGCCUGGCGCGGCACCUGGACGAGGACUCGCUGCCGUCGUCGGACGAAGAGCUGCUGGGCGUGGGCGUGGGCGCGGCGCUGCAGGACGCGCUCUACCCGCUGUCCCCGCGCGACGCGCGCUUCUUCCGCCGUCUGGAGCGGCCGGCCAAGGACAGCGAGGGCAGCUCGGACAGCGACGCCGAUGAGCUGGCCGCGCCCUACAGCCAGGGCCUGGACAACUGAGGCAGGGGCGCGUGCGCUGGGAGCCCCGAGGCCGCCGCCACCGUGGAUCGCCUGGGCAGUGUCACCUGCCGAACUCCACGCCGCUGUGGCCCCUCCUAGAGGGCCGAACCUGCCAAGCAGCGCAGAGGGCAGGGCCUCCGGUCGGGCCCUCCCUCCCCAGCAGUGUUUACCCAUUUUGGUCCGUACCCCUCCCGGCCCUCCUUCGAACGUUCAAGGGGUACCUGGGCCAGUUACCUGGGGGCAGGAGGCAGAGAUUCCUGCCCAGGUGAGCAGGAAGCUUCCUCCUCCCCAGCAGGUUUCCCUCUGGGACAAGGACGGCCCUGCAGGGAAGGGCCCAGGAGCUAGAGGCCUGAGGAAGGAGGGACAUCCCUGAGUUGGACAUUAGCACCCACACAACGCCCUCGGGACACAGUGACCUUUCACCUUGGCUGCAGGGGACAGAAGGCCAGCCUGGGCUUCCCUGCCUGGUGCAGGCAUCAUGGCCCCUGCGGCAGAAACCAAAGUCCCCCAUCCUGUGGGCAGGGCCACCCGGGGUUGUGAGUGGACAGUGGGUACCAGCUUGGGCCUGGGCAGUGUCUCCCUGCUUUGGGGAGGAGGGCAGGCAGAGAAGCUGUGAAGAAGAUACCCCUCUCCCCAGAGGCCCUCAUCUCCCUCUGGGAUAUCCAUCACUGUCUUGGUCAAGGAUGGAAGGCUGCCCCCUCCUUGGGGAUCCUUAGCCUCCAUCCACUUCCCUUCUUUUCCUUUCUGUCCCCAGCCCUGCUCUCAGACCAGGGUCAGGCCCCAGGAAUGGAACUUUCCAGCAGAGUUGCCUCCUCUGGCCCCCUUGUAGUGGUCCCGUGACCUCUGCCAAGUCAUAGCUGAGAACGGUGCCAAAGUCCAACGACACCCCUCCCCCCUCAGACCUUUACUUCCCCUCCCCCCCUGGGGGGCCUCAGCGGCCCUGGGGGGAGGGGUGCUGGCCCUCUCGGUGCUCCUGGAGCCUCCACUAGCAGUAGCGUCACAAGCAAUCUCCCUGGCGCUUCCUGGGGUGGGGACCCCUCCUCCGUCCCUCUUCCCGGUCACUCACUCUUCAGUGUUACAAAGCCUGGGGACCAGGCCGGGCACCUGAGGGGGCCCCCAUGUGCCCCCAACACUGCCCACUACCAUUUUUGCACACUGCCUGUUCACACUCCACAUGUUGCCCAGGCGGGAAAGAUGGAAAAUAAAGUGUAUUUACAGUCA